GUCGCCACCGCCACCGCCACCGGCUGAGUCUGCAGUCCUCGAGGAGAUCCCAGCCAUUAUGUCUAUAGAGAAGAUCUGGGCCCGAGAGAUCUUGGACUCCCGUGGGAAUCCCACCGUGGAGGUGGAUCUCUAUACUGCCAAAGGUCUUUUCCGGGCUGCAGUCCCCAGUGGGGCCUCCACUGGCAUCUAUGAGGCCCUGGAGCUGAGGGAUGGGGACAAACAGCGUUACUUAGGCAAAGGUGUCCUGAAGGCAGUGGACCAUAUCAACAGCAGGAUUGCGCCAGCCCUCAUCAGCUCAGGUAUCUCUGUGGUGGAGCAGGAGAAACUGGACAACCUGAUGCUGGAGCUGGACGGGACUGAGAAUAAAUCCAAAUUUGGGGCCAAUGCCAUCCUGGGUGUGUCCCUGGCCGUGUGUAAGGCUGGGGCAGCUGAGAAGGACUUACCCCUCUACCGCCACAUUGCUCAGCUGGCUGGGAACUCCGACCUCAUCCUGCCUGUGCCGGCCUUUAAUGUGAUCAACGGUGGUUCUCACGCUGGGAACAAGCUGGCCAUGCAGGAGUUCAUGAUCCUCCCAGUGGGUGCUGAGAGCUUCCGGGAUGCCAUGCGACUUGGGGCAGAGGUGUACCACACACUCAAGGGGGUCAUCAAGGACAAGUAUGGCAAGGAUGCUACUAACGUGGGGGAUGAAGGUGGCUUUGCCCCCAAUAUCCUGGAGAACAGCGAAGCCUUGGAGCUGGUGAAGGAAGCCAUCGACAAGGCUGGCUACACGGAAAAGAUGGUGAUCGGCAUGGAUGUGGCGGCCUCUGAGUUCUACCGUGACGGCAAAUACGACUUGGAUUUCAAGUCUCCCGCUGAUCCUUCCCGAUACAUCACUGGGGACCAGCUGGGGGCACUCUACCAGGACUUUGUCCGGAACUAUCCUGUGGUCUCCAUUGAAGACCCGUUUGACCAGGAUGACUGGGCAGCUUGGUCCAAGUUCACAGCCAACGUCGGCAUCCAGAUAGUGGGCGAUGACCUGACGGUGACCAACCCCAAGCGCAUCGAGCGGGCGGUGGAGGAGAAGGCCUGCAACUGUUUGCUGCUCAAGGUCAAUCAGAUCGGCUCAGUCACAGAAGCCAUCCAAGCGUGCAAACUGGCCCAGGAGAAUGGCUGGGGAGUUAUGGUAAGUCAUCGCUCUGGAGAAACGGAGGACACGUUCAUCGCUGACCUCGUAGUGGGACUGUGUACAGGCCAGAUCAAGACUGGUGCCCCAUGCAGAUCUGAACGUCUAGCGAAGUACAACCAGCUCAUGAGGAUUGAAGAAGAACUGGGGGACGAAGCUCGCUUCGCGGGACAUAAUUUCCGAAAUCCCAGUGUGCUGUGACUCCCUCACCCCCCGCUUGCCUGCUCACUGGAACAUCUCAUUCUCCUGGAGCCUCUUUCUUGCUGUCCCAAUAUGCCAUAACUCACCCUGAUACCCUGAGCCCCAAGUCACCCAGAACACCCCGACUCACCUGCUCCGGCUGUUCUUGGCUUCCGCCACCCCUUGCUAUCUCUGCUCUUCCUCCUCUCUGGGCUCCAUUUUUGGGGAUUCCAAUCUGCCCACUUUCCCUUCUAUUCUCUCUUCUCUUUAAAAAAAAAAAAAAGACGAUGAGAAGGGGGUCCACAGAAGAACCGUCAGUGUCUGACAGGAGCUUCGGGAUUGGUUCCUCAGUCUUUCUUCGGCUGCACCAGAGCACCGCCUCACUCCCUGUGCCAUGUUCCACAGUUGCCACUGUCUUUGUGGCUUUGAAAUGACCACCACCAUUAAAGUCUGAAUCACAGAGCACC